CUACAUUUCCCAUCAUGCUCUCUUGCGGCGUGACUGUGGUCGCGCAGGUAAAGCGAGGAAGUCGUCUGUUCUGCAGCUCGCCGAACAGUGGCAUUUUUUUGUUGCUCUUUGUACAGAAUGUGCAGGGAGAUGAUCUUUGCUUCCUAGAAAGAGAGCGGGGUCUGCGCUGCGUUUGCUCUUUGAUAGGAUACAGGGCUUUAUAGAAGGCGGACCCGCACCCUCAGAAUUGCAAUUCUGCAGAUCCGGACAGUCGGGAUCUUUUGGAUUCUGAAGAAUGGUGCAACCGAAGACAACUUUCUUUUUUCCUUAGCUUUUUCCCUCCUGCACACCCCCUCCCCUCUUUUCUAGCCGGUGUCUGACUGCAGAGGGGAAUAGCCUGCCUCUGAAGAAGGAAGAAAAGCUAGUGGGCUAAAAUUAAUAAACAAAAACCCAAAUUAUUGAGUGCUGCAUAAUAUUUUGUCCUGAAGUUGCUGACAUCGCGCGAGGUAACCAGGCCUGUAGCGCAGCUCAGUCGGAGUGUUUAGUUUUAGAACCAGCACCUAAAGAUGAUGAGGAAUGAUCUGUCCAUGGCGCUUGCUGGCAUCGGCGGGGCAGGGAGCCUUUUAAGAAGCAGCGAGCCCGUGUCUCUGUCUCCACUGGCGUCCCAAGCAGCUUCCUUACUGGAAGAGGCUGCAGAUCUGCUGGUGAUGAACAGGGACUUCGCGGCUGCUCUGGACAGGUGCGAGAAAGGCUGCGAGAGCCUCAGGAAGGACCCCGAGAAUAAAGAUGCUGACAGCUCUGAAGAACUGAAAUGCUCCUUAUGCACUGUGGGUAUCCAGGCCUUGGCUGAGAUGAACCGAUGGAGAGAAGUCCUCCCUUGGAUUCUUCAGUACUAUCAUGAUCCUGAAUGUUGGCCUUCCAGAAUUCUAGAGCUGUGCAUCCUCCUGCAUAGUAAAGUGGAAGAACCUCAUGUGAUGCUAGAAGUCGCCAGGGACUGGUUACAUUCCUCAGCCAAUCAGCAGCUGCCUAGUUACUGCCUCUUGGCUCAGCUCUACCUGUUUCAUGUGCUGUUGCCGCUCAGGCUCUUUGCAGAGGCAGAGGAGCUAAUCCGAGGUUGUAAAGCAUUGAGCAAAGAGCAACAGGUGGAGGCCUAUGAGAGCAUUAAGGAGAAGAGGCAGCAGUGGCUGCAGAAGAAAGAGGAGGAGCAGCAGCUUCCAGAGGAGCACCCAGAAAUGGUGUGGAAGCAACGGUUGGGUUUGGUAUCCCAAAAGGUGUUGACCAUAUUGGCACAGCUGGGUCGAGUGCUUGGAUCCUUGGCUGGCCAGCUCUGUUCCAUCCCCUACAGAAAGAUCCUCUUGGCUGCUUUCAUGUUGUGUCUCAUUGUUGUGAGACUUGACCCAGGUAUACUUAAGAGAGGGGAGACAGUGGGAGGGGAAGGGAAAGGAGAAGUAUCCAGCUGUUACUCUGUGAAAUAUUUAGCCUGUGUGAAGGUGUAUCUGGAAUGGCUGUGUGUGUGGAUUGAGACACAGUGCUGCUUGGCCAAGAUUGAGAUUUCUGGGAUGUCUUGUAAAGCACAGACUGUUGGGGAUAUGGUCACACCUGCCGUAUCUGGAGUGGGACAGAAUGAGAGCCCCAAAUUCAACCCCAGGUCCAGCAGCAAAGGAGUAGAAGGCACGGCAGGGAGUAGCUGCAUAAGAACCAAGUAUACGACAGCUUCCUGAGUUAGACUCUUGGUCGAUCUAGCUCUGGCAAUGGCUCACCAGGGUUUCAGGCAAGGAGUCUCUGUGGGAACGGUAGUUUGUUUUAGGUGCUGGGAAUUGUAGCUCUGUGAGGGGUCUUCUAACUACUCUCAGCUACCUUAAUGAACUGCAGCUCCCCGGGUUUUUUUUGGGUGGGUGGGGGAAGCCGUUGCUGUUAAAGUGAUAUGACAGUGUUUUAAACAUAUGGUGCAUGUGAUACCUUAGUGGUUUAUUUUAGUUGUAUGAGAACCCUUGGGACAUUGGGUGUUUACAUUUGGAGGAGGAAUGUUUGACCAGUGUCAUGAAUAAUAUUUGCUUAUUGUUAUGGGUAGAUACGAGAAAUGAAAGUCUUCUUCUUCUUCUUCUUCUUCUUCUUCUUCUUCUUCUUCUUCUUCUUCUUCUUCUUCUUUUUCCCAGCAUCUCCUACUUCUCUGCCCUUCCUCAACAGGCUAAUCCAGCUUUUCCAUCAAGCCCGCUUGGCUGCAUUUUCUCCACACUACAGGCCUCCAGUUCAAGACUAACUGACUCCACUGCCUUCUGUAUGAAGCUGAAGCAGUGCUUGUUGGAGGUACUGUGGAUAAACCACUUGCAAGUCAAUGAAGGUGACUGCACCUGUUGAGAGAGCACCUGCAGUGAGGCAGAGACUUCUUCAAGAAUUAAGGAUAGUGGCAGUUCAGUAUUUGGUGGGGGGGCAUCUGCUGUGUCAUGAUCACAGGGAUGGGACUGAUAAAGCACUUCCAUGAUAUAGUUGGAAUUUGGUGGCUUUGUAUAUGAUCACUUAGAAACACUUGUCAACUAGAUAUUUUUUAUAACUGAGUUCUUGGAGCUUCCGCUUAAGGCUGUUUUCGUAUUUUUGAUUGUGGUAUUAAUUUACGUAUUAUACAGGUGAAACUUGGAAAAUUAGAAUAUCGUCGAAAAGUGCAUUUAUUUCAGUAAUGCAACUCAUUAGUCCACAUUCAACCCACCACUGCUCUCAGGUUGCAGUUCAGGCUCUCCACACCCUCCCUGGACAGAAGGAAGGAAAUGCAAACUAGAGAUGGGUGUUCGCAGUGUAUUACUGACACCAGAUAACCUCCUAGCUGUUUCAUGUGGGGGUGAAAUAACACAGGGGACACACUGGAGUCCUUUGUGAUGUAGGACAGAGACCAAGGAAUUAAGCACAAAUCCCUAAAUGCCAUGUUCAGGAACUGACUUGCAAGGUAAGACUACAGCCACUGCAAAACAGCGCCUCCCAUCCCAAAGGGAUGGUCAAUGGUAUUAAAAGCUUGUUGCAAGGUCCAAGUGGCCUGCAGUUCCCUAGUCCAGCUCACAGCACAGGUAAUCCACUAGUGUGACAGAUAUUUCAGACCCAAAACCAUAUAGUGGUGCCUCGCUAGACGAAAUUAAUUCGUUCCACGGGUCUUUUCUUAUAGCGAAAAAUUCGUCUAGCGAAUCCCAUAGGAAUGCAUUGAAUUUUUUUUUGCCCAUAGGAACGCAUUAAUUGAAUUUCAAUGCAUUCCUAUGGGAAACCGCGAUUCGCUAGAUGAAUUUUUCGUAAAACGCAUUCGUCUAGCGAGGUAACCUCCGCUCGAAAAAUCCUUUCGUUAAGUGUAAAUUUAGUUAAGCAGGGCAUUUGUUAAGCGAGGCACCACUGUACUGCAAAGGAUAAAGAUCAUACGUUUCCUCCAAGAAAGCUUCAGGUUGGAACACUGCUGUGCACUUGAGCACUUUGCCCAAGUAGCAUAAAUAGGAAACCAGCAGGUAAUCACCUAGGAUAGUGGGAUCUGAUGAAGGCUCCUUUGAUAAUGCCUUACAACAAUUUCCUUCAGUCCAUACGGUGCUUCACCAUUCUUUACAACCUGCCCCAUCCAAUUGACCUGCCCUGCUCUGGCUGCCUUAAGGAGUCAGGAUGGGCAAGGGCCAAGAGGACAGAUGAUCAGCCUAAUACCUCCAAGCACCUUGUUCACAUCCUCAGACGGAAGGAGCUAAAACAUACCUAUUAAAACAGGAUGAGCAGGUACCAGCAUAAGAAGAGCCCUUGCUGGAUCAGAUCAAAGGCCUAUCUAACUCCACCUCCAGUUCUCACAGCAGCCGACCACAUGCCUAUGUCAAAGCUGCAAAAAAGUUAAUGCAACAGCAGUACCAGAUGGCAGCAGGGAUAGCUCAGUCUGGAGAGCAUUAGGCUCUUAAUCCCAGGGUCGUGGGUUUGAGCCCCAUGCUGGGCAAACGAUUCCUGCAUUGACUAGAUGACCCUAGGAGGUCCCUUCCAACUCUACAGUUCUGUGAUUCUACCAAGGCUUCCAUAGACUUCACAAUGAGAACAGGAUCUAUUUUGAAACAAACACAAAUGACUUUAUCAGCAAGGUGCCUUGCAAACUGGUUGCUCCAGGCCAGCACAGUCCCACCCCCACCCCCACCCCCGGAACAGCUCUGCUAGAUGACAACCCAUUGAUAGGAAGAUGGCAGAGAAAGUUCAUGGCAAACAAUAGGUGCUAGCUGAGGGAUGGACAACCUGUGGCUUCCAGAUCCUGCUAGACUCCUGCUAGACUCCAGCUCCCAUCACUUCUGGCCAUUGGUUGGUGGAGGCUGAUGAAAGAUGAUGUCCUACAACAUCUAGAGGGCCUCAGGUUCCACAUACCUAUGUUUUGUUGGGUUUGUGAUGUGUCCUCCAAGGUCUACUCAGCAGAUUCCUGAACUCAGAAAAAACGAGCAUUCAGUAGAAUCAAAUGGGAAGGCUUUUCCAUGGCCCCUACUACUUCAAGAUGUGGGUGGGUAUUUGCAAAUUUGAAUUCCCCAGUGGGGGGCAAGUAACUCCCUCUACAUAGGAAAUGAUUCAGCCCAGCUUUCUUGGAAUAUAUUUCCCUGCAUGCAAGGAACUCCCCCUCCCCCCCCCAAAAAACCUUGUCCAUGGCAGAAGCAUUCAAACAAAGCAAGAAGUGGCAGAGUCCCAGGAAAAGAACCCAGUUCUGCUCAGAGAAUAAAACAGAACCAAGAAGAAGAAGCUCCUAUCAUUUCAAGUGGGGAAGGGGACAUGGGCGGAUGGCUUCUGCUGAGCCCACCACCUGAGAGUGGGUGAGUGUUCAGUGAUGUAAAUGGCAGGAGCAGGAAAGGGGAGGUUGCCAAGGGUGAUUAUGACCUUCCUCCCCUGCACUGUGAUGCUCAAUGGCACUCCCUGGGAGUGACAUGCAUGGCUUGGGGUCCUUGGCACCCAGCUGCCUAGAGCGAGACAGCAGUGGGAACGUCAACAUCCACAGCUGCUGUUGCUAAUCGGGAGCGAGAGUGAGCAUUACUUGAGGCACCAUGGUAAGGAGGGAAGGGGAGCUUCCUCCUGCACAUGGAAGGUGCCAAGGGGAGAGAAGGUUUCCUUUGCCACUUGCUCUGCUUCAGAACUAUUGAAAGGGUAGAAGAUCAAGGCAGUUUGAAAAUACAGGAUUGAUGUGGUGUAGAUGCCAGGGUGUAGAUCAGGGUUGGGGAACUGCCAAAUCCUGCUGGGCUAUAAGUCCAUCCCUGACCAUUGGCCCUGGUGGCCGGGACUGGUGGGUGUUAGAAGUAUAACAUCGGGAGUGCCACAGGUUUCCCUUCCCUGAUCUACACCCAGACAUUUUAUCCACCAUCACCACAUCAGUUCUGUGAUGGCAAGGUUGAUGCUGCAGCAGCCAGUUGUUCCAGGCCAGCAGCUGAAUGACUUCAUUGCAUUUGUAUCCCACCCUUUUCUCCAAAGUGCCAAGGGGAAGCCCACAAGCAGCAUCUGAGUGCAAUAGCAUUCCUGACUUGCGAUUCCCAGCAGACUUGUAUAAGACCUCUGACACUGGGGAUAGAACAUAGCCAGCAUGAGUAGGAGCCAUUAAUAGCUUUAUCCUACCUGAAUUUAUCUAACAUUUUUAAGGCAUCCUAGUUGGUAGCUCCCCGCCAACCUAGCAGUUCGAAAGCACGUCAAAGUGCAAGUAGAUAAAUAGGUACCACUCCAGCGGGAAGGUAAACGGCGUUUGUGUGCGCUGCUCUGGUUCGCCAGAAGUGGCUUAAGUCAUGCUCGCCGCAUGACCCGGAAGCUGUACGCUGGCUCCCUCGGCCAAUAAAGCGAGAUGAGAGCCGCAACCCCAGAGUCGUCUGUGACUGGACUUAACAGUCAGGGGUCCCUUUACCUCCCUUUAGUUGGCAGCUAUCACAACAUCUAGCAAGGUCCAUAGUUUAACCAUGUUCUCCCCCCCCAUUAAUUGAAUUCUUGAACAUUUUCCACAAAAUUAUACAACAAUAUAUUAUAUUACAAUUUGUAUCCCAUCCCAUACCGCAGAAAAAGUAAAAACACAUUUUUUUAAAAAAGACCUAAAAUAGACUUCUGAUUGUUCUAAAAAAAACUCCUAAAUUACACUUGUUAUAUUUUACACAGUAUCCUAUUAGUAUAUUAUUUUCUUAAAUCUUUUUGAUAAUGAGAAAAAAAAGAAAAAUUUAAGAAAAAAACAUUAAGUUUACAUAUAUUGUCUGUACAAUGCAAGACUCAUUCAAGAUCU